AUGGUGCAGUGCGCCGGGUGCGCGAGGCCCAUCCUGGACCGCUUCCUGCUCAACGUGCUGGACCGCGCGUGGCACGCCGAGUGCGUGCAGUGCUGCGAGUGCGGGCGCGCGCUGACCGAGCGCUGCUUCUCCCGCGAGGGCAAACUCUACUGCAGGGAGGACUUCAUCAGGCGUUUCGGCACUAAGUGCGCGGGCUGUCUGCAGGGCAUCUCUCCGGGUGACCUGGUGCGCAGGGCGCGCGGGAAGGUGUUCCACCUGAACUGCUUCACCUGCGCCGCGUGCAACAAGCAGCUCUCCACCGGGGAGGAGCUCUACGUCAUCGACGAGAACAAGUUCGUGUGUAAAGAGGACUACACGAGCACGAGCAUCCGGGAGGUCAACCUCAACUCAGUGUCCUCAUGUACGGACCGCAGUCUGUCCCCCGACCUGCCCGAGCCUGGCCCGGAAGACACCAAGGAGACGGAUAACUCCACCUGCUCGGACAAGGACACCAACAACAACGAGAACGAGGAGCAGGGGUCGUGUCAGAAGCGGAGGGGUCCGCGGACCACCAUCAAGGCCAAACAGCUGGAGACACUAAAGGCUGCGUUUGUGGCCACGCCCAAACCCACACGCCACAUCCGCGAGCAACUGGCCCAGGAGACCGGCCUGAACAUGCGCGUCAUACAGGUGUGGUUUCAGAACAGGCGGUCGAAGGAGAGGAGGAUGAAGCAGCUGAGCGCUCUGGGGGCCCGUCGGCACGCCUUCUUUAGGGGUCCGAGGAGAAUGAGACCGCUGGGUGGGCGGCUGGACGACCCUGAUAUCCUGGGCCCUGGGGGAUACAGCUACUAUGGAGAGUACCAGGGCGACUACUAUGGCCCAGGGGUCAACUACGACUUCUUCCCCCAUGGUCCCCCUUCCUCGCAGGCCCAGUCUCCGGCAGAGCCACCCUACCUCCUCAGCUCAGGCUCUGGGGCGCUGGAUGGGGGUCCGGCCUCAGGCCACCACCCCACGGACGACCAAAGGUUCACGGACAUGAUCUCUCAUGCAGACACGCCCAGUCCUGAGCCCGGCCUGACCGGACCCCUGCAUCCCAAUCCACAGGGAGAGGGGUUUGGAGGAGGGCCUAGUCCGCCCUUCCCUCUGGCCAACAACACCAGCUACAACGGCCCACUUCCCCACUCUGGCCAGGAGAUGGGGGAGAACACGGUAUGGUAGAGAGGCUACAAGGGGCAUGGACAGAGAAAGAGGGCAGGACUCAAGGGUGCAGGACAAAUGGACAAGGGACUGGAAACUCACCCACCCAGCCCGAAGAACUCAAGCCCCACUGGCUCCAACCCCGUCUUCUCAGUACUGUACGAGACUGCUGCGUAACCUGGCCGCCCCAGUUAGCCCAGGCAGGACGAAGAAAUGCCCAGCAGUCACCCCCACAAACGGCUGGAGGGCAUUACCCAGAAACGGGACAAACUUAGAAAACCUAGCAGGGACAUCUCUCCUUCCUCUCUCCGUUCCCUUUCUACAGGCCGGUCGCAGUCAGGCCGCAUAGCCGACCAAUCGCAUACAAGUGGAAUUCUUUUCCGUUGCCAUGGUUUCCCCCGCCUAAGCGUUGACAUCACAAUCUAAGUUAGUGCUCAUACCUGUUACCAUUGUUUUCCUUCUUCUUUUUAACUGCUAUUAUUUACAGUCUAGAGAAGGUCGUCGCAGAUGG